CAACAGACACCCGAGUUGUAGUAAGUGUAAAAGACAGAGCUUUGACCAUCAAGUCUCUGAGCGGUGAACAUUGGGAAGAUGAGUGAAAGUGGUGGCGACGGUGGAGCUAGUCAGGGGAGUGUGGAUCGACUGGCAGAGGAGGUGGGGAAGCACGGAGGGGAUGAUCAAAUCAAAGCUGCAGUUGAGAAUGAGGGUGCCCAAGGAGGAGGUCAAAGUUGGCUUUGUGAAGGUAGUGGUAUUGUUGAGAGUGUUCUGCAGUGGUUUGGGGAAGAGGGUGUGAAUGGAGGUGAAAGUUUUAAGCUUUGGGGUGUUGAGAAUGAAGAUGGGUUCGGACUUGGGAUUGGUGGCUUCGGUGGAGUUGCUCCUGGGCUCGGUCAAGAUGGUGUAUUUGGGGAUCUUGGUGGUGGGGAAAUUCGGAUGGGAAAUGGUGGAAUGGGUCUUGCAGAUGGACUAAUGGAAGACCUAUUUGGCGUUGUUGGUGAACCAGACAAGGGUUUGAAUGUCGGUGGCGAAGUAAGCCAGUUGUUUUCUGGUGAAGCUGAGUGUAGCAAUGUGGAUGGUAAAGGCACUUAUGGAAACGAACUUGAAACUUUUCUUGUUGGUCAAGGAGGUUACAUUGAAAACGUAGGCAAGCAAAAGGGAAGUAAAGAAGGAGAGGGGCAAGCUAAGGGCAAGCGUGGUAGGCCAAAGGGUUCUAAGAAUAAGAAGAAAACUAUUGGUAGUGAACGGAGUAUUAAAGGGUUAAGUGAUAGUAAGGUUAAAAAUCCCCUCAAGGCUCAGCCUAAGCGUGGCCGGCCAAAGGGUUCAAAGCAUAGAAACAAAAAUCUUGCUGCUGGACAAGGCAAAGAAGGGUUAAGUGGAGUUGGUGCUGAUGACAAGUCUGGACACGAGAUUGUUUGCUCCAUAGUGAAGGAAGGUCCGGCAAUGGUCUCAGAGAAGACAAGUCUUCCAGGUGAGAACCGAGGCAUAUCUUGUGAUAUUGAGGGGGGCACUAGUGAUGACAGCUUUCAGUUAAACAAUGGGAAUGGUGAACCAAAAGUUCUUAAGAAUCGGAAAAUCGUUGCUCAUGAAAACCAAGAAAUGGCCGGUACAACUGAGGGUGGUGAAGGCACAGAUGGAGUUGAGAAGGAAAAUAACAUUGUCCAACCAAAGAGAAAACGGGGCCGGCUGAAGGAUUUGAAGAAUAAGCAGAAAAGGACUAGUGAUGAAAAUUUUGGACUAUGUGAACAGAAAACCUUGCGAUGCUUGCCUGCAGAUAUGGUAGUGCCUAUUGAAGCUAUUAAUUGUGGCGGUGAGAUAAAUCCAGUUUCAGAUGAGGAAGCCAGGGGAAUUCUCUCUGGUGCUAAUGAAGGUAACUCUGAGAACAUUGGUCCCAAGGUUAAACAUUGUUGUGAAGACUUGAAGAAUGAGAGGCCAACUGUUGCUGCAAAAGAAGCCAGUCAAGAUAAGGAUGUUAUUCGCAAGAUUGAUGGUCGAAGGUGGAAUCGAGGCCGACCCAAAGGCUCAAAGAAUAAGAAAAAACUUUUUUUUAGCAUGGCAACCGUGAAAAGGAAGUAUAGAAUUAAGUCUCACGCAAAUAGAGAACAGUUAGAAAGAAAUGAUUUGAAGGCGGAUAAGAGUGUUUCAGGUAAUUCAGACUUGAAGAGAGUGUUAAUAGCUGGUGUACAAGGAAGUUUAAACAAGAAAAGAAAUGCAUUAACUACUGAUUUUGGCCAUGCUCAAAGGAAGACUAGAGUGAGGAAAAAGAAGUCAAGCAGCCAACCAGAAAGUUCAGUUUCACCAGACGGAAUAAGCCAGAAGAGAGUGAAGAGGGUUAUUAAGAGGGGUUUUAUGUGCCAUCAGUGCUGGAAGAGUAACAGGAGUAUUGUCAGUUGUUCCGGUUGCAAAAGAAAACGCUAUUGCUUUGAGUGCCUUACAAAAUGGUAUCCUGAGAAAACAAGAGAGGAUGUAGAAACUGCUUGUCCAUUUUGUCAAGGCAAUUGUAAUUGCAGAUUAUGCCUCAGGGAGAAGCUAGUUGUCAUGGAUGAGCAUGAGGAAGCAGAUAAAAAUAUUAAAAUGCAAAAGUUACUUUAUUUGCUACACGAGAUUCUGCCUCUGCUUCAGCAUAUACAACAGGAGCAACAUGCUGAAUUAGAGGUGGAAGCCAGUAUACGUGGUGUGCAAUUGACAGAACAAGAUAUAAUGUUAUCAGUGAUAGAUGAUGAUGAUCGAGUGUAUUGUGACAAUUGCAAAACAUCCAUUGUCAAUUUCCACAGAAGCUGCCCGAAUCCUGAUUGUUUCUAUGAUCUAUGUGUCACAUGCUGUCAUGAAAUUAGAAAAGGAUCUCAGCCUGAAGAGAAUGAAGCAAAAUCCUCUCCCCAGCUGUCUAUGCCAUGUAACCCUCUAGAUUGGAGGGCUGAGGCAGACGGUGGGAUUCCUUGUCCUCCGAAAGGAAGGGGUGGUUGUGGGAGUGGGACACUUACACUGAGACGCUUCUUUGAAACUAAUUCUGUUGAGCAACUGAUUCAGAGUUCUGAGGAACUCAUUAUUAAUUUUCAGUUACCUGAUAUCAAGUUUUCUGGAGGCUGUUCUUUGUGUCAAACCAGCUGCUCUGCAGGAAAUGAAGCAAAUUUUUUCGAAGUAAGACAGGCAGCACAUAGAGAGAAAAGUCACGACAACGUUGUGUACUGCCCGGAUGUUAUGCAGUUGGAAGACAAUAAUAUUCAGCAUUUUCAAACCCAUUGGAUGAGAGGUGAACCUGUUAUUGUUAGAAAUGUACUUGAAAAAAGUUCUGGUCUUAGUUGGGAGCCACUGGUUAUGCGGAGGGCUUUUGUAGGUGCAAAAAAGAUAUUAAAAGAGGAGGCAAAGAGGGUUAAAGCUAUCGAUUGCUUGGAUUGGUGUGAGGUUGAAAUAAAUAUUCUUCGGUUCUUCAAAGGCUACAUGGAUGGUCGAAGGUAUAGGAAUGGAUGGCCAGAGAUGUUGAAGUUGAAAGAUUGGCCUGCAUCAAAUUCAUUUGAAGAAUGUUUGCCAAGGCAUGCUGCGGAGUUUAUCGCUAUGCUUCCUUUUAAAGAUUAUACUCAUCCAAAUUCUGGUAUUCUGAAUCUUGCUACCAAACUUCCUGCCGUGUUGAAGCCAGAUUUGGGACCCAAAACUUACAUUGCCUAUGGAACUUUGAAAGAACUCGGCAGAGGUGAUUCAGUGACAAAACUACACUGCGACAUUUCUGAUGCGGUUAAUGUGCUAACUCACACAACCAAUGCGAAGAGUCAGCCAUGGCAGAGUAAAAUCAUAGAUGAGUUGCAGAAUACGUAUGAAGCAGAAAACUUGCAUACACGCCGCUGUGGUAGAAAGCGGAAAAAGAGACCUCGUAAAGAUGAAAGAAGGAAUCCUGAAAUGAUGCGUAAUCAAGAACAUACUGAAAACAUUGAGGGAGAAACACAUAACACAUACGAUGAAGGUUCCCUUAAUAGGGUUGAUGAUUUAGGGUCCGUAAGACCUGAUACAAAUAAGACUAGAGAGUCUGUUACAGAAAACCAUUGUUCAGAGAAUGCAUAUGGCAGUGCUAUUUGGGAUAUUUUCCGAAGGGAGGAUGUACCGAAGUUAAUUGAGUACUUAUGGAAGCAUCACAAUGAAUUUUAUCACAUUAGUAAUCUUCCUGUGAAAUCGGUUAUCCAUCCUAUUCAUGAUCAGACCCUUUAUCUAAGUGAGAAACAUAAAAAGCAGCUGAAAGAGGAGUUCAAUGUUGAACCUUGGACGUUUGAGCAACAUGUUGGUGAAGCUGUUUUCAUUCCCGCAGGAUGUCCUCAUCAAGUGCGAAAUCGACAGUCAUGCAUUAAAGUAGCCCUCGAUUUUGUGUCCCCUGAAAACGUCCAAGAGUGCAUAAGAUUGACGGAGGAGUUCCGCUUGCUUCCGAAAGACCAUAAAGCUAAGGAAGAUAAAUUGGAGGUAAAGAAGAUGGCGAUAUAUGCUGCGAAACUUGCAAUAAACGAGGUCAGAGAUCUGAGUACAAAGCUCAAGUGAGGUCAUGUUUGUUCAUCUCUCAUCUCCUAAACAGUGAUUGUAAAUUUUUGUAAAGAAUGUGCUUUGGAUGUCUGUUAGUUGUUAGAUGCCUUUCCAAUUAGCUGCUACACGUGAAAUCGGUAGCUCGAUUAAGUUUACUGUUUCUUCAGUUAGUACUUAGAACUGGAGCUUCACGUCUGCGAAAAUUUGCAGAUUCCAUAACAGCUUCCUUAACUACUGGGGAGGAAUUUUGUUAUCUGAUAAAAUUUCAGAUUCCUUGAAGCUUAAUGUUAACGAGAAUUUGAACACAAAUGCAGAUAACUGAUUUCAUGCACAAA